GUUUGCACUUGGAAUUGACACGACGGCGAUGCUGCGGCCGACGGUGCUGCUCGCUGCGAUGGCCGCCGCCUACGCGUCCGAGCCCGUCGCCGACCUCUUCCCGACGCCGACGCCCUUUGGCGUCUCGCACACGCUCUCAUAUGUCAACCACGGCAAGGUGCCGUACGACCCGGAGAACAAGCAGCCCAACACCGAUCUCGUCGUGUACCCCGAGGGCCAAAACCGCCCGCUGGACCCCGCGUUCGCAAGCGCGCGGCCGCCGCCGCCGAUCGUGCCACCGACGUUUGACAUCUUUGUCGGUCUCUCGGCCUUUCGGGACGGCGGGCGCUGCGGCAAGACUGUCUUCACCGGCUUCUUGCGCGCCAAGCACCCGGACCGCCUGUACUUUGGCGUCGUCGAUCAAGUGAGCCCGGAAGACGAGACGACGUGCCUCGAGUCAUAUUGCGCACUGGCAAACGCUCAGUGGCCUGACGUCGACUGCAAGUACAAGGACCAGAUCAAGAUCGACACGCGCCGCGCCGACGAGUCGCGCGGGCCGACGCUCGCCCGACACUACCAGCAAAAGCUCGUCGGCGACCAAGAGUUUUGUCUUCAGCUCGACGCCCACAGCAUCUUCACCAUCGACUGGGACCUCGGCCUCGUCGACGACUGGAAGACGACGCAGAAUGAGAUGGCGAUCCUCACCACCUACCUCCACGACCUCAACGAUUUCAUCUUGCCCGACGGCAGUAACAAAGCGCCACAGCACUUGCCGCACAUUUGCCAGACGAUGCGGGGCGGGAACGGCCUCGUGCGCAACAUUGGCGCCGACCUCAUUCUACAACCCAAGUACCCGCAGAUGACGGCGCUCUGGGGCGCGGGGCUCUCGUUCGGCAAGUGCCACGCCGAGAGGCGCGUCAAGAUCGACUCGCACACACUCUGGAUGUUUGACGGCGAAGAGUUCCUGCGCGCGUCGCACCUCUGGACGCACGGCUACGACUUGUACUCACCGUCGCGCACCGGCAGUGUCGUGUACCACAACUACACGAGCGUUCCCAAGCGGUUUGAAUCCAUUGAAAUCGACGAAGCAAUGCGGGCAACUGAGCGUCUCCGAGGUGAAAAUCGCUUCAAGUUUCAGGUCGGCUGGCCGUUCAAGGGCGAACUCGACGGCGACGAGCUCGACGUGUACAGCUUUGGCACGGCGCGAUCCCUGCAGAGCUACCUCGACUUCUCGGGGAUCACGUUCGAGCCAAACCAAACGGACAAGCACUCGUGCAAGCAGCUCUACUGGGUGCCGUACCAAGACCCGAGCAGCGUCCAAGCGCUCGUGCCUGGCUACACGAUGAUGCCGCCGCCACCCACUACGACCAAGGCGCCAAAAACCGCCACGUCCGCGCCGACAACGACCAAGCUCGCGGCCACAAAGGCGCCGGUGGCAACGCCUUUGGAUGGAACGCCCAAAGCUGCGCUCUUGCGCCAAGAAGCCAAGCCGGCGCCCGCUGAGAAGACGCGACCGCCGCUCACAGAAAACUACUUGGCCGUCGGCAUCGUUCUCCUCGCCGCCGUCGUCAUUGUUGUCUACACCAACGACCCGCUGUGGUACCGCGCGCAGCGUCUCGUUGGAGUCCGCCACACCGAAUUGCAUACAGGCUAAUGUCCAACCUCAAAUUGACAAUACUGUGAUGGCUGCAUAUUUAGCUACAAGCUGAAAGUAUAUGUAUCGCCUCCAACACGGAGGAGCUAUGUAGAG